AGUUAUUCCAACACUACAUCUUCUGGCCCCUCUUUGCCCCUCCUUCUUACAUUUUUUUGUGCCCCUCGUCGGGCACUCGCUGCCUCUUACUCUUCACCUUCCGACUUUAUCGUUCAUCCCGUCAACCAGAAAUGGUGAAACACGGCCAACACGAGUACCUUACGCAGGAGGAGAGGAGAUUGAAGGAAGACAGGGAACGGAGGAAGUAUUGGAAGAAAUGGGGUCCCUAUCUCAGCGAGCGGCAAUGGGGAACUGUUCGUGAGGAUUACUCCGAGAACGGAGAUGCAUGGAGCCACUUUCCUCAUGACCAUGCGAAAGCCCGCACCUACCGCUGGGGUGAGGACGGGAUUGCAGGAGUGUCAGACACUCAUGGCCUUCAGAAUAUCUCCUUUGUGUUCUGGAAUGAGCAUGACGACUUCUUGAAAGAGCGUCUCUUUGGCCUUUCGAAUCCCCAGGGAAAUCAUGGGGAGUCUCUCAAGGAAGCGCAUUUCCAUCUCGAUAAUACACCUACCCACUCCUAUAUGAAAUAUUUGUACAAGUAUCCUCAGCGAAAAUUCCCCUAUGAGCAAUUGGUGGAGGAGAAUGGCAAGCGAAGUCGACACGUGCCGGAAUUUACUCUGAUGGACACCGGUAUUUUCAAGGAUGAUCGGUAUUGGGAUAUCUUCAUCGAAACUGCUAAGGAUACCAACGACGAGGAAGAGCUUCUUUUCCGUGUCACGGCUUGGAAUCGUGGGCCCGAGCCUGCACCUUUGCACAUUAUCCCGCAUAUGUGGUUCCGUAAUACUUGGGCUUGGGGCCACGAGGAUGAAUCUAAGAAGCCACACAUAAAACAGAAAAGUCCAUUGAUUGCCGGGUCGAAGCAUUGGGCGCUCGGAGAUCGCUACCUUCAACUCUCACCUUCACCAGGUGUCACUCCGGAAUCUCCAGACGUACUACCGGAACUUAUGUUUACGGAUAACGAUACCAAUUAUAAAUGCCUGUAUGGCGGCGAGAACCAGACACCAUACGUAAAGGAUGCGUUCCAUAGGUAUAUCGUUGACGACGAGAAGGAUGCGGUUAACCCUGCCAACACCGGUACCAAGGCUGCAGCUUGGUACGCAUUUGAGGAAGGCGACGGAGUGCCUCCUGGUGGCUGCGCAGUCGUCCGCUUCAAGUUUUCUCGAAAUGUAGAAAGCCGUUCAUACACUCCCGGUGAGUCGGAGAUCGGGAUCGAUGAAGAGCUUUUUGACGACAUCAUCGAGCGCCGUCGCUCCGAAGCCGAUGAAUUCUACUGGCGUAUUUCCCCGUUGCCGAUGGCCGAUGACCUUAGAAACAUUCAACGACAGGCGCUUAGUGGGAUGUUAUGGACGAAGCAGCACUACCACUUUGUGUGGGAUCAGUGGGCAAAUGGAGACCCAUCGCAGCCACCUCCACCCCCUGGCAGAAAGGGGAUUCGAAAUCAAACUUGGAGACAUAUGUACCUAGAUGACGUGCUUAGCAUGCCUGAUUGUUGGGAAUAUCCUUUCUUUGCUGCAUGGGAUACUGCGUUCCAUACGAUUCCGUUGGCGAUGGUCGACCCAGAUUUUGCGAAAAAACAGUUGGAUCUGUUGACUAGAGAAUGGUAUAUGCAUCCCAACGGCCAAAUCCCUGCCUAUGAGUGGAAUUUUGGGGACGUCAAUCCUCCGGUCCAUGCCUGGGCUGUCUUCAGGACUUUCAAGAUUGAGCGGAAGAUGUACGGUCGUGAGGAUCUCGACUUUCUUGAGCGUGUCUUCCAGAAGCUUCUCCUCAAUUUCACAUGGUGGGUUAACCGGAAAGAUUUUGAUGGUAAGAAUGUCUUCGAGGGCGGUUUCCUGGGGCUGGACAACAUCGGGAUCUUUAACCGCUCGGAGCCGUUACCCACUGGAGGUGUUCUCGAGCAAGCUGAUUCCACUGGGUGGAUGGCGUUUUAUUCUCUAAGCAUGCUCAAUAUUUCACUCGAACUAGCCAAGCACCGGAGAAUUUACGAGGAUAUUGCAAGUAAAUUCUUCGAACACUUCAUCUUCAUUAGUGAUGCUAUGACCUACAAGGAUGGUGGGAAAGAGGAAAGUUUGUGGAAUGAGGAAGAUGGCUUCUACUAUGAUGCUAUCUCAUGGGGAGGUCCAUUCUCGCAGCAAAUGCCUGUUAAGUCCCUUGUUGGGCUUAUCCCGCUAUAUGCUGUAUUGACUCUAGAACCCGAAUUGAUCAACAAGUUCCCGAGCUUCAAAAAGCGUAUGGACUGGUUUGUUGAGACGCGUAAUGAUGUUGCGGAGAGAAACAUCGCCAGUAUGAAAAAGAGAGGACAAGGCGAGAGGAUACUGUUGAGUUUAGUCAGCAAGGACAGAUUGAAGAGGAUUUUGGAGAAGAUGUUAGACGAGGAUGAAUUCUUCAGUGAUCAUGGGAUUCGAUCGUUAUCGAAAUACCAUAAGGAAAACCCCUAUUCUAUGAACGUUAAUGAACAGGAAUUCAAGGUUGAUUAUGUUCCCGGUGAUUCAAAUAGUGCACUAUUUGGUGGUAACAGCAACUGGCGUGGCCCUAUCUGGCUUUGUGUCAACUUCCUUCUUAUUGAAUCCCUUCUCCGCUUUUACAUGUUCUACGGAGAUUCCUUCCAAGUAGAAUGUCCCACGGGUUCUGGGGAUUACAUGCAUCUUGGCCACGUUGCUGAGGAGCUCCAGCAUCGCCUUCAACACAUCUUUGCUCGUGGAGACGACCGCCGCCGUGCCUGCAAUGCUGGUAUCGACAAGCUCGACUUCGAUCCCAAUUGGCGUGACUAUCUUUGGUUCCAUGAGUUUUUCCAUGCCGACACAGGCGCCGGCUUAGGGGCAAGCCACCAAACCGGGUGGACUGGAUUGGUUGCCAAGAUGAUUCACGACUCUGGCGUUAACUGUAGAUUACCACAGACACCAAGGACACCUCGCACAGCAGCCAACCACUACUUUGAUGAUAUCUUUAGCAGGGUUUCCAAGCCCAAGCCCUACAUGGGGCGCAGAGCUAGUACGAGGAGCAUUGAUGCUCGCAGCGAUUGGGCUGAGGAUGAUGAUGAAACCGAAGACCAGAAAAGAGAGAGGGAGAAGGAUGAUGAGGAGGUCUUGGGAUAUGUCAGUAAUCAACUGAAGCGGGUAACCAGCCACGCGAGUGUGUUCGAUGACCAUGACGAUGAGUACGAGGUCAGUGUGAACUAG